ACAAAUCAGUUCCACACUUUACAUUUUUCUGCAACAGUUAAUUGACGCUGCCUGAUCAGUUGAUUCGCUCUUUGCUUCGUGCAACAAGUUUCUUCUAAAUUUCAACCAUUUUUAUUCACUACUCACAAUGCAGAAUUUAGUAGUUCUGGUCCUGAUGAUGACCUUUGGUUGCCUACAAGGUCAAACCGUGGUGGAUACGUCCGUUGCGUCGGUGCAAAAAGCCAUUCUGGAUCAGCACAACAACGCCCGCCGCGAGAAACCCUCCACUGGUAUGCUGAAGUUGUCGUGGGAUGCGGAGACUGCGGACCGCGCCCAGGCAUGGGCCAAUAAGUGCAACUAUGCGCAUCCUGUGCAGGGCUCUUCCGAUUACAACACCUACAUGAAGACGUCCAAGUAUACACUGGGUCAGAAUAUCGCCAAAAGCAGCAAUGUCAUGUCAUGGAGCGGCAUCAUCAAUCUGUGGUACAAUGAGAUUAACAGCUUCACACUGGGUCAGAGCACCACCGCCACAGUCGGCCAUUACACCCAGAUUAUGUGGAAUACCACAUUUUUCCUCGGAUGUGGAUACAAAAACUGCGGAAGUUUCCACUUUUACGUUUGCGACUACGCUCCAGCAGGUAACGUUGUUCCGCGCCAGUACAGCCCGUACGAAGCCGGUAAAGCCUGUGCCAAAUGCCCAACCGCCUGCGAUAACGGAUUAUGCACCAACCCUUGUACCUACACCAAUCAGUACUGCAACUGUGAACGGACCUGCCAGGGCAGCAACGCCCUCUUCCCCAAAGGAUGCGCCAACGCCGCAUCGUUUUUGCAGAGCUUUAAGCAGUACUGCGCUGCCACAUGCAACUGUUUCGGCACGAAGCUCUACGACUAAUUGUACAAUGGUUUACCGUUUUGCUGUGCAUUCACUGCAGAUCUGCCCAAACUAAAUGUGCGGUCGAUUACGGAGUACGGUUUAGUUUGCAACUAUAGUCAAAUUUUGUUUUUGAGUGAGACGUGAGUGUGUUAUUUUCUGAUAGUUAUAUCUAUUGCAAUGUACAGGCUUAUUAUGGAUUCUUGUUAGUAUCUGAUACCUCUGGCUGUAUACAGUAUUUAUUUUCAGUGACCUCCCCGGCAAUAAAAUCCUCUAAUUGC